AUGCUUGGUCGUGUUGCCAAGUGGCUUCGCAUGACGGGCAUCGACGUGCUGCACUGGGACAAAUGCGACGAGAAGUCCAACAUGCUCAUUCAAGCGACCGUCGAGCACCGGAUUGUGCUGACGCGGGACCGGAAGCUUGCCAAGCAGCGCCAAGCGCUCGCGUGCUACGUCGUCCUCAGCGACAACAUCGAAGCGCAGUUCCAAGAGAUCAAGAAGCACUUUAGCAUCGAGUUCAAGGAAGAGACGUUCAUGUCGAGAUGCGCCAAGUGCAAUGGCAAGGGCUUUCGCAUCGUACCGCUGGAAGAAGUCCGAGUCGGCGACGAUGUCCCGGCGCGUGUACUCGAGACAGUGACCGACUUUUGGGCGUGCUUGCUCUGCGCCCAAUUGUACUGGGUUGGACCCAAGUACAGCACUGCGCAUGCCAAGAUGCAAGAGAUCUUUGGCGACAUCGGCAGUCAGUAGCAGAGUUUUGUGUAUAGAAAUAAUAGAGAUGCAUCAACAUUGCGCGUAG